AUUACGUACACGGAAGAGCCUGCGUUUUCUGUCAUGUGAUGAUCACACAUAAACAAGCGAAGAACUUUUUAUAAAACUGGGUCAAAUUGAAGGCUGCAGCAGGCGAACUACACAGUCUAUCUAAUGAAUAUGGCAGAUAAUCUGAGGAGUUACUUGUAUAAACAGCUGCCAAGUGUUGAAGGACUGCAUGCGAUAGUGGUGACAGACAGAGACGGAGUCCCUGUGAUCAAAGUUGCCAAUGACAAUGCUCCUGAAUACGCACUGCGGCCAGCCUUCCUGUCCACUUUUGCUUUGGCAACUGACCAGGGCAGCAAGCUGGGCUUGUCCAAAAAUAAAAGCAUCAUUUGUUACUAUAACACAUACCAGAUUGUACAAUUUAAUCGAUUACCCUUAGUCAUAAGUUUUAUCGCAAGUAGUAAUGCCAACACAGGUUUGAUCUUCAGUCUUGAGAAGGAGCUAGUUCCUCUGAUUGAAGAACUAAGGCAGGUGGUGGAAGUAGCUUAGCAGUUAUUUGUCUCGGCACCUUCACACGUUUGGAUGAGGAUGAUCUUGUUCGUACACACACACACACACACACACACAUACACACACACACACACACACACA